GGAGCUGAGAGCGCGCUCGGCUCCUCGUUGCAACAGCGGCCACCCCAGCAGAAACAGAGAAGUCCUGUCCGACUGGUACGAGUGGUGUCCUCUUGCACAAAGUCUGUGCACCUGGUAACAGUUCGUGUGCGCAAAGCAAGUUGAUGUGUCUUUCCUGCCGAUGUCUUUGCGUUAAUGCUUAUUGCCGAAGCCAACGUGACCUGGUGUGAGACUUGCUUCUUGCCUCGAAUGUAAAACGCUUUGCUCUGCUAGGGGCCAAUGCGACAGGAUGAAGGACGCUCUGAUGUUUGUUUGCCUGUCUGUGACCGUGGUCUACCUGAGGACGGACUUGCCUGAAGACGAGGCGAGUCCGAACGGGAUUGCAGCGAAAGUCUUGGGCGCCUUGAGGUUCCGUCAAUUAGACGGGAAUAAGACCUACAUUCGCAGCAACGGGGAACUGGCCAGCGACACCCUCACCGAGGCUGCCUUCGAGAUCUCUGACCCCUUACACCUGCUCAGCUCCGCGUCCUUCUCCUACACCUGGGACCUGGGGGACGGACAUGUGGUAGUGAGCACAGAGUCCUAUGUGCAUCACACCUACUCCUGCUCGGGGAACUACACCAUGAGACUGAAGGUGGAAGCGUACUGGACUGAGAGAGAGGACAGCCCCCCGCUGACUCUGUGCUGGGCGAUGGUGCCAGACUGCGGCCCGGCGCCGCCCGUGCGGUGCCACCUGGUCAGGCUGCAGGGCACCACGCUGAGCCUGCGCUACACCUUCGGCAGCGCCGGCAGGUACUGCCUCCGCCUGACCGCCAGGAACCACGUCAGCCUGCUGCAGACCUUCCACGCCUUCACCGUGGGCAGCGACGCGACCCAGCACGUGCUCUUCAUCCUGCCCUGUGCCACACUCAUCCUCAUCACCCUCGGCUUCAUCGUCUUCACCGCCUGCCGCCCCCGCCGCUUCACUCACAAGCACAGGGUGGAGGAGGCCAAUUUUGAUUUCACCGCCCGCUUGAACAAAGUCUCGCCCAGCAGCGCGGAAUUGGAGAUCUCCCAGGAAUUGGCCGGAUCCACUUGCUCCGCUUCUGUGCCGCUGGCGGGGAAGGCUGGUAGAGAUGAGGAGGCCACUCCUCUCCUGGGCAACCCGGGAGGCCCUGUGGUGACGUACCUUAUCUGACCACUGCCCCGCCCUGUGGUCACUGCCUGCUUACCUGCCUGAAUCCAGGCAUCACGAUUGAUCCCAGAAGGCCAUGCGCGGAGUGCUGAGGCUUUAGUGGAGAGCUCCACGAGGGUAUGCGCACGCUGCUCUUUGAGCGCUGCGCAUUGAAGAUUAAAGAUGUUUCUGUAAUGAGAGGCUCGUAUUAAGAGUUUCGGUGGGCACCACACAGUGAGAACUUAUUGAAUU